CGUAACCGUCACGACGCGAAUCUACUUCGUAACUGAAUUGCGACGGUUGCGAUUUUCGAAGGUUCGACGCUGCGCGCGCAGCGCGCGCGAACGAGACUUCCCGAGCCAAUCCGGUCUUUUCCGAAAGAUCGAAAGAUUCGAAGAACGAAAGACACCCAAGACGCUUUUGAUAUAUUUAAAAUAUGUUGAAUAUAGGGUUUACUAAAGAAUGAGAUUAUUUAUUUGUCAUGUAUACGCUUCAUCGCUGCGUCGGAGUAAUUUGAACGACUCGGAAAUUCCGCGCGACGAGAGCGUCACGUGACCCCAUUCGCGGUAGUUUUGCGUUGAUCGCGGAGAGAGGUUAGAAUUCGUGCUUGUGUUAAAAUCGGUCCUUGUUGAAAUUUUUAUGUCAAAUUUUCAACAUAUCCGCGUAGUAAUUUUUUAAUGUCUGCAUGUUAUGUUCAAUAUUUUUCUCUAUCCGGGUUAAUACCCGAGUAAUUAAAAGGCUCUGAUUGUUUUAUCGAUAUGACAGCAGUUCUCGCGGAGGCUGCAAAGGCCGAAAACGUACACCUAUCGAUCGGCCGCUCGGCAGUUUUUGGCCGUCCGUCGCGCGUUAAACUUCCUUGGAAAGUGAUAUACAUUUCCUAACGGCGAUAAGAUUCGCGCGAAGGAAGGAGGAAGGGGCAUGUUUCUUACAGUUGCGAAGGAUGCGUUGCGAACGCUCGCGAAAGUCUACAGGGAGUUCUCCGUGGAGUCGACGAUACACGGAUUCAAGUAUACAAUUUUGGCAAAAACCAGACUGGAGAGGUCGGUUUGGGUGAUCAUUCUGCUGGUAUCCUUCCUGGCUGCCGGACGAAUGGCAAGCUUAUUCUAUGAGAGACACCAGUCCGCGAGCAUGAGCACCCUGGUGAUCAGCACACAAUAUUCGACAUCCAUGCUGGAGUUGCCGGCGAUAACACUGUGCCACGGUGGUAUCGCGAUGACACAUAAGGUGGUCCCUUACUUGACGUCGCAGAAGCGGAUAUACAUGCCGCAUGGGCUGACGCGCUUCGACUUUGAGCGGUCCCUCAGGUACUUACGGGAGGCGAUCUAUCCCAAGAACUAUUUCCCCGACCAACUGGACCAACUGCAGCACAUCCUCUCGGCGAACCGGCUCUCCUUGCUGGACCUCUUCGGGAACGUAAAUCCGAACUGCAGUGACUUCCUGCUGCUGUGCCAGCUCGAAGGCCAGACUGUACCCUGUUCCAGGCUGAUCGAGCCGGUGGUCACCUACUACGGGAUCUGCUGCGCCUUCAAUUACGAGUUCUCUCGCGGGAACUUGCAGAGUUCCACAAAGCUGCUGAAGCGGCGCAGGAGCGCAAAGGUCGGCUCGCACUUCGUCCUGUCGCUGCUCAUGCGAUCGUACCCAUCGGAGGACCGCGCGGCCUCCGUCAUGUUCGGCGACGGCGUGAAGGUGCUCGUGCACGAGAGGAGCACGUACCCGUCGCCGAAAGCGGUGGAAUUCACGGCGGCGGCCAACCACGAGACGAUAGCGCAGCUGGACGGCACCGUCCUGAGUAGCACGGCCGAGGUGCUGGAGCUGUCAGCGCGAAGAUGCUCCACGAGCGGGCCGCAGGACCCGCGACCAUAUCGCUCGGACAAUUGCCAGAUCGAGUGCCGCGACUCCGCGGUGUGGAAGCUCUGCGGCUGCACGCCCUUGUCGGCGGCGCCCGCUGUCACCGCGACGCAGCGCGCUGCCCAGCCCUGUGACCUCACGCAUAUCCCGUGUCUGGCGCGUGCCAUACUGAGGACGCACUCCGUGGUAGAGCAGGACCCGCGCUGCACCUGCCUGCCCGACUGCGAAGGCACCACGUAUAAAGUGGCGCUCGCCAGCGCGCCCUUAAACGCUGCGCAGCACUGCCCGCGGCCGUUCUACAAGAAGGUUCUGCAGUACGAAAACGUAACCGCACUCCACCUCACAUUUGCUGGGCAAAUGGCGAUGCUGCAGCAGCGGAAACUGGUGCUGUCGAACAUAAACCUUCUAUCAUCUCUGGGCGGCGUUUUCGGUCUGUUCUUAGGAUGCAGCAUAAUCUCGGUCAUCGAGAUUCUCUACUUCUUCUGCAUCUCUUUCGUCGUCAAGUUCAAAGAAGCCAGGAAACAAAGGAACAUAUCUCUCUCUCUCUCUUCUCUCGGUGAGAAGCAUAACUGAGAAUAACUUGAGAA